CCCUAGGGCCUGGGUCGCCGCAAGGGUCUUCAUCCCCACAACUGCCUGGAUUGCCCCAAGAACCUUCAUCCCCGCAAAUUCAUCCAACCAGAGCGCGGCCGCAACGGCCUGCAUGUCCGCAACGGCCUGGAGCGCUCCUAGGGCCCGGAUCACCCCAAGGGCCCCCAUCCCCAAACAGCCUUCAUCCCCGCAAGGGCCGCAACUACCAACAUUGCCAACGACACAUGGUCAGUACAAAGUUGUGGCAUCCCCACAGAGAGCAGGUGACUUGUGGCCAGUCAGGAAUAUCGUCCUCAGACUGUGAGAUGAUGGGAUGCUGUGUGGAUUCUUCUACAUCUACCUGCUACUACCCAAUGGAUGAGUGCACUGUUGAUCAACACUUUGUGGUUCGCCAUUCGUGCCAACUCAUCAAUCCCUGUGGACCCCACCAAGCUUGUUGUUUCUGGGAGUACAAACUGUAAACCAGUCAUUGUCAACGACAAAGUUGCCAUCUUUAAGUUCAAAAAUUCAGAAUGUGGAGUCA